AAAAGAGAGCAAAGUUUCUAGCACUAAAAUAAUUAUCACCACAGGAAGUUAAUUUGAAACGCGAUUUUUAUGAGUUAGCAGCUAUCAUCAUGCAUAUUCAGAGUUGUUUUGUGAACUUUCAACGUUCUACUAUUAAACUACAAAAAAUGGAAGAUUUUGCAACGAAUAUAAUACUAAUAUUGAGCGUCGAAAGAUUUUCCUGUUUUUUUCCCAAUUCGCCUCUCAAUCCCUAAUCGCCCCAUUUUACGGUACUGUUAAUAGUGUUAACUGUCAACUUUUUAACCUAAUAACAGUGAUAGUGAUAACCCAUAGACUAAUAACCUAACAAAUACCUAUUUAUGUGUAAUACCUACUGAAUUUUAUUAUUAAAUUCAUUAGCAAAUUUAAGAAAAGCGUCACACCUGUUAGAAAUAUUUAAUACAGAUAAUUUGCUUGUGAUGUUAACAUUAAGUUAAAAACUUAAAUAAAAAUGCUAAACACAAUCCGUGGGGCCCGUAUAGCUGCUGUUCAACUUCAACAAAUAAGGUCGGGGCACAGAGUACGAGGUAAUCCGCCUAUAUAUGCGAGGUCCUUGAAACAACGUAUCCAAGAACUUAAUUACAAAGAUGAACUGUACACAAGUCGAAUCGACAUUGGCUUCCCACCAAUAAAGCAAACUAAAGAAGUUCGUGAUCAUCGACUGCAACAUCUGAGAAAAAUAAAAAGUGAUAAAAACUUAGAAAAAUCAUCUCGAAAUUUAAAACUUGAAAUAGAUCUGGAAGAUGUCAGAAAAGAAUGGCUGAAAACUACAGGUCCAUUUCAUAAAAAACAAAUUGGAGACCAUUAUGGCGUAUUUGAACAUCUUUAUGGUGAAGGAUAUUUUUUACCACAUUUAAACAUAGAUGUUCUGUACAAUUUGAAGGAUGGCACAUUUUUGCCUGUUUGUGCAGGAAAUGUAAUUAAGCCUACAGAGGCUUUAGAGGCACCAAUUAUUACUUAUGAAUCUGAUGACAAUGCAUUAUGGACUUUAGCAUUUACUAGCUUAGAUGGUCAUUUAUAUGAGAAUGAAAAGGAAUAUGUACAUUGGCUUGUGGCUAAUAUACCUGGUAAUGCUAUCGAGAAGGGUGAAACUCUUGUUGAUUAUUUACAGCCAUUUCCUUUGAAGGGCACUGGUUACCACAGAUAUGUGUUUGUUCUUUAUAAACAGGAUAAGACAAUUGAUUAUGCUUUACCAAAAGUUACUUCGUCAUCAGCUCUUCAAGAUCGCACAUUUGUUACUAGAGAAUGGUAUAAAAAACAUCAAGAUAAUAUCACACCAAUUGGAUUAUCGUUUUACCAGAGUGAUUGGGAUUAUUCCGUUAGAAGUUUUUUCCACAAUGUCUUAAAUGCAAAAGAACCAGAAUAUGAAUAUGAUUUCCCGGCGCCAUAUAUCAGACCCCAGGAAUGGUUUCCACGCCGAAAACCCUUCAAUCUUUAUAUGGACAAAUAUCGCGAUCCAAAGAAGAUAAACGAAGAAUAUUUGCUACGUAAACUAAAAAAUGAAGACCCAUUUAAGAGGCCUCCUCCUCCUUUAAAAUUCCCCAAUGCUCAACAACUGCCUAAGAGUAUGCCUUCAUGGCUAAAACUUCAUGAGAAGAAAAUCCGACUAGGCUGGGGGAGAGUAAAUGAUGUUUAAGUAUUUUUGUAUAAUCAGAAAAAUAAAAAUUCUAGGAUUUUGUUUAAUUUA